AGUCAACGGAGUCCAUUGACUCUUCUGCACGAAUCGGAUCAACGGUCGAAUCGCAAAUUCAGUGCAUGCCGUCGCAGAGGAGCACUAUGGGCUCUGCAACGGAGCCAGCUAAAGUCCAGAUUCUGGGCAAAGAGUCGAUAAUCGUGGACUAUGAUCUCUUCGAGAAGUACAUUCCUCACGAUCUGCUCGCCAACAUCCCCGCCUCGACGUAUGUCCUGAUUACAGAUACAAACCUUGCGCCCAUCUACGUGCAGCCUUUCAAGGAUGCUUUCGACAAUGCCAGGAAGAGCCUCGAUUCCAGCGCGCGUUUGCUGGUCUACGACCGAGUUGCGCCGGGCGAGACAUCCAAGUCUCGCUCAACCAAGGCGGCCGUGGAGGACUGGCUGCUCAGUCACAAAUGCACGCGCGACACUGUCAUAAUAGCCCUAGGAGGCGGCGUCAUCGGGGACAUGAUCGGCUAUGUUGCUGCAACAUACAUGCGCGGUAUACGCUUCGUUCAGGUUCCCACUACGCUACUUGCUAUGGUAGACUCGUCAAUUGGAGGCAAGACGGCUAUCGAUGUUCCUGCUGGCAAGAACCUGAUUGGCGCAUUCUGGCAGCCCGAACGGAUCUACAUUGACCUUGGAUUCCUUGAUACCUUGCCUAGAAGGCAAUUUAUCAAUGGGAUGGCAGAGGUGAUCAAAACUGCAGCGUUUCGGGAUGAAAGGGAGUUUGAAUUCAUGGAGGAUAGCGUUGAUGCUAUUAUGGAAGCUCUGGAUUCUCCCGAAAAAGGAAAGGCACGAUUUGCAAAUAUCACACCGAUCAUAAAGAGGAUUGUGUUAGGGUCCGUAAGGGUCAAGGCGGCUAUAGUAUCAGCAGAUGAAAGAGAAGGCGGGUUGAGGAAUUUACUCAACUUUGGGCACUCAAUUGGUCAUGCUAUCGAAGCCAUUCUUACCCCGCAGAUGUUGCAUGGAGAAUGUGUGGCCAUUGGCAUGGUGCUCGAGGCUGAAUUAGCACGCUAUCUUGGUCACCUCAAACCCGAAGCUCUGGCGAGGCUGUCGAAAUGCAUUUCUGCUUACGGCUUACCUGUCUCUUUGCAGGACAAGAAUGUGAAGAAGCUCACGAGGAACAAACAUUGCCCAGUCGACGAACUGAUCUCUAUCAUGGCUGUGGACAAGAAGAAUGCAGGCAAGCAGAAGAAAAUCGUCUUACUUUCUGCCAUUGGCAAGACAGUAGAAGAAAAGGCAAGCAGCGUGGAUGACGACGACAUCAGGUUCAUUCUUUCGCCAAGCGUAUUGGUCCAUCCUGGAGUUUCUUCAAAGAAUGUGACAUGCACCCCUCCAGGGUCAAAAAGCAUAUCCAAUCGUGUUCUUGUGCUUGCAGCGUUAGGCAAAGGCACAUGCCGCAUACGAAAUCUUCUUCACUCGGAUGACACACAGGUCAUGUUGAACGCUAUAGUGAAACUAGGAGGCGCAACAUACUCAUAUGAGGAAGAUGGAAGUGUCCUCGUACUCCGUGGGAACGGUGGUGCAUUAAAGGCAAGCUCGGAAGAGCUCUAUCUUGGCAAUGCCGGGACAGCUUCGCGUUUCCUGACCAGUGUUGUGACCUUAGCUACGCCAAAUAAUGGACAAGAGGCAACAGUAUUGACUGGUAACGCGAGAAUGAAGGAGCGGCCAAUUGGUCCAUUGGUGGAUUCGCUACGCGACAAUGGCGUCGAUGUGGGCUACCUCGAGAAACAUGGCAGCCUGCCUGUUCGUGUGAAAGCAACGGGCGGGAUCGCUGGUGGUGAAAUCAAUCUUGCUGCAACAAUUUCCUCACAAUACGUCUCUUCACUGCUCAUGUGCGCUCCGUAUGCGCAAAAACCUGUCACUCUGCGACUUGUUGGCGGCAAACCUAUUUCGCAAUUGUACAUCGAGAUGACAAUCGCGAUGAUGGCGUCCUUCGGUGUGCAUGUCAAGAAAUCGACAACAGAAGAGAACACAUAUCACAUACCAUGUCAGGCUUAUACGAAUCCUUCGGAGUAUGAAGUUGAGAGCGAUGCAAGCUCUGCGACGUACCCUCUCGCCAUUGCUGCCAUUACGGGAACGACAUGCACGAUACCAAACAUUGGUUCAAAGUCGUUACAAGGAGAUGCUCGAUUUGCUGUCGAUGUUUUGCGACCCAUGGGAUGUACCGUUGAGCAGACUGCCACCUCAACCACAGUUACAGGCCCAGCCAGGGGCGGCUUGAAAGCGAUUCCAGAAGUUGAUAUGGAGCCUAUGACUGAUGCCUUUCUAACAGCAUCAGUUCUUGCUGCUGUCGCUAAUUCAGGAACGACACGCAUUUUGGGCAUUGCAAACCAGCGAGUCAAAGAAUGCAAUAGAAUUGAAGCCAUGAGACUCCAGCUUGCCAAAUAUGGUGUCAAAUGCCGGGAACUCGAUGAUGGUAUCGAGAUCGAUGGCCAUGGCUUUGAUCUGCUAGAGCCGAAAGGUGGCAUACAUUGCUAUGACGACCAUCGAGUAGCGAUGAGUUUCAGCGUGCUCUCUGUGGCGGCCCCGACGCCGUCGUUGAUCCUAGAACGACAGUGUGUGGGAAAAACUUGGCCAGGUUGGUGGGACGUAUUAAGGCAGCUGUGGAAAGUUAGACUCGGGGGUGUCGAGCUCCCUCAACCCUCGAAAUCUCUUGUCAACGGUCAUACCAACGGCACGACUGUGCAUAAGUCAAUUUUCUUGAUUGGAAUGAGAGGUGCGGGAAAAACCACAGCAGGAAGUUGGGCAUCCCAGCUGCUCGGCUGGCCGCUCCUCGAUCUGGACACUGAGAUGGAGCAGACCCUUGGUAUUUCAAUUCCUGACAUUGUACGGCAGAAAGGCUGGCCGUACUUUCGAGAAGAGGAAGCCAAGUUAUUAGAGCGCAUAAUGCGUGAGAAGCCGACAGGGUACAUUAUCGCCUGUGGCGGUGGUAUUAUCGAAACACCGGCGUGUCAAGAGAUGCUAGUGCAAUACAAAAAGCAAGGUGGCAUCGUGCUUCAUAUAUCUCGAGACAUUGAGAAAGUCAUGGAGUUUCUGAACGUGGACAAGACCAGGCCAGCUUGGAAUAGUACAUUGAUGGACACAUGGAAGUUCAGGAAGCCACUCUAUCAGAAGUGCAGCAGCCACCAGUACCACAGUGCUUCCGUUGAAUCUGGUGGCUUAGCAAAUACACUUGAGGACUUCGCAAGAUUUUUAAAUCUGAUCAUUGGACAGAAGUCUGCGCUUGAUGAAAUCAAGAGAAAGAAGCACAGUUUCUUCGUUUGUCUCACCUUUCCCCAACUUGGACCGUACCUGGAUGUUUUAAAGGAAGUAGUGGUCGGUGCGGAUGCUGUCGAACUUCGUGUUGAUUUACUGGAAGAUCCAACGAGCAAGGAUGGACUCUGUACACCGGAUUUUCUAAUACAACAAGUUAGCUUGUUGAGGUCUGCUGUCUCAAUACCGAUCAUCUUCACGCUUCGAACGAAAAGUCAGAGUGGUAAAUAUCCAGAUGAUGCUCACGACAAAGCCAUCGAACUUUAUCGAACAGCCUUACGCUUGGCUCUCGACUUUAUCGAUCUUGAGAUGACAUCGCCGGACAGCAUACUGAAAGAAGUAUCCGAGAACAAGGGUUUCAGCAAGAUAAUUGCUUCGCAUCAUGACCCCAAGGGUGAGCUGUCUUGGAGAAACGGCUCGUGGAUACCUUUCUACAACAAAGCCCUCAUCUACGGAGACAUCAUCAAGCUUGUCGGAAUUGCCAAGACUUACCAGGAUAAUUAUGCUGUUGCAGAAUUCAAAGAGUGGGCGAAGACAUCUCACGAUGUCCCGCUGAUUGCCAUGAACAUGGGCGAGCUGGGCAAAGCUAGCAGAAUCCAAAACGGCUUCAUGACUCCAGUUUCACAUCCAAAGUUACUCUCUGCUUCAGCACCAGGACAGCUAUCUGCUGCUCAAAUACGCCUGGGCUUAUCACUGCACGGCCUUAUACAGCCGAAGAAGAUGUGCAUCUUCGGCUUUCCGGUACAGCAGUCAAGGUCGCCGGCACUCCAUAACGCAUUGUUUAAGGAAACGGGUCUUCCGCAUAGCUACAGCCUGCACGAAACGGACACUAUAACCGAGGAGCUGAAGAAGACGAUUCGAUCACCGGAUUUUGGCGGUGCUUCAGUGACGAUACCACUCAAGCAGGAGGUGCAGCCACUUCUUGACGGUGUAGGUCCCGAAGUCGAGAUCAUCGGCGCCUUAAACACUAUUGUGCCGGAGGAGAGCAUCGAUGCAUCCGGCAAAACAAUCACACGUCUCAUUGGAUAUAACACAGAUUACCUAGGAAUGAUGCUAGUUCUGAGGAAUGCUGGUGCUCAAGGUGGCGCUGGCUCUCAGAGUGGUCUUGUGAUUGGAGGUGGUGGCACAGCGCGGGCUGCUAUUUAUGCCUUGCAUUCGAUGGCUUAUACGCCGAUUUACCUAAUCGGUCGUUCUCCAGAAAAGUUGCAAAAGCUUGCUGAAAGCUUUCCGAUUGACUACAACAUCAAAGUUGUCCCGCAAGGUACACCGAUCGCGCAGUCAUUUGAUGUGCUACCGAGCGUUGCAAUCAGCACUAUCCCAGCAGACAAACCCAUCGAAAAGGCUAUGCAGAUCACCGUAGCUCAGAUCUUCGAAGAAGGUGGACGGAGAACACCGCCUACUGAGAAGGAACCCAAGAUCUCGGCGCCGAAUCAUCCUGCCGUUGGGCUGUCGAAGAGUAGGAUUUUGCUGGAGAUGGCGUAUAAGCCCCCGGUAACAGAGAUGAUGAAACUUGCUGAGGCCGCAGGGUGGAAAACUGUUAACGGGUUGGAGGUUUUGGUGGGCCAAGGCGUGUAUCAGUUUAAACUUUGGACUGGGAUUACGCCACUUUAUGAGAGCGCAAGAGCCGCAGUUAUGGGUACCGAGUAGUCUUUGUCAAUUUCUUUCGGAAUCGUAGCCGUACCAAAGAUUCAGAACAUUUCGACGCAACGGUUAAGUUGCGAAAGAAAUAAGAUAUUUCAUAGAUGUUGAAAACUUACCACUUGACACAUCCAAGUCUCAACAUUCGUGCCACUUCAUCUAGCAUUUUCUCAUCCAAAGGCGCAAUGCUGAAAAAGAGGAUUGGCCGUAGUUUCAACGUGCAGAAGAUACAGAUGAGAUGGUGUUAACAAGAAGCGAGACCUGUGCUAAAGCCUGAAAACCAUUGUCGCCAUGUUUUGAGAAUGAACCAACGCAGG